CUUCUCUUCCUCAUCAAAAAGAGAAGCACCUCGACCGAUCUGCACUAGACACUACCUCAUCGGGCUCCUGUCACUUCUUUGCUUUUGCCGUUGACGUACCCUUAUAUAUCUAACGAACUCCUCCCCUGGGCCCUUGAUCAAAGACCCUAUUUUCGCCUCAUGAACUUGCUAUUGAGGCAUUCCCAUUCGCAACAACGACCACCGCCAUCCAACACUGGCCCUCCCAUCCAAAACAUUGCUAUUACCUGAAAACAAAACUCACUCGACUCGCAAAUCAUAAGUGAGCCGAAGACUAUUGAUCCUCCUUCCUCUCAGCCUGAAUACGACGAGACAACUACUACCCUCCUCCUCGACGACAUCGUUUCCCCUCUCCAUUGAUAGGUGAUCCUCAACCGCAUCAACGGAAAGGAAACCCCCUCAUCCAUCUCACGAGACACCAAGCUUUCAACUUGGUUGGCCGCCUCUAACCCCGCUCGCUCGCUUUCACACCACACACAUCGUCGGAUAAUAGCCCAGCUCGGGCCACCGACGACAAACCUUCCAGGACAACACAACGCCGUUACACAAGUACCCCCCUCUUCACGAUGGUUGAAGUACUUCCCUCAGGCCUCGCGCAGAAUGGUCAACCUCAGCAGUCUCAAGACUCUGCCGACCACGUCGCCUCUGUUGCCCGUCUCUUACUCGCAACCAACCUCGCCUCUCGUCAGGAAAACAAGAUGAUGACCCGGGAGGAACGUCAGGUCAUGAUCGAUGAGCUCAGCAAGAAGCGUGCCGGCUGGCGCACUCCCCGUCGCGGCUGGUCCAUCACCGACUCCCCCGUGGCAUCAGCUCAGGGCAGCCCCGCGCCUCAAGCUGCGGCCUCCGCGUAUCCCGCACCUCCUCCAACCCAACACGAAGCUAUAGAGAGACAUGCCAUUGCCUCUGUUCCAGAACAAUCUGAGCUUCCAAUGCAGGAUAUGAAGCACGCUCCUCAACCGCCCCAGGUCCGCCGACCUCCCUUGCCGCCCCCGCGCCGUUCCUACUCAGUCAUGGACUACGAGCCGCCGGCGCGCAUCCAUCGUCCUUCGGCUCGCAUGGACAUCUUCGACCUCCCCGCCGAGCUACACUACGCCAUCUUCGACCACCUCGACCCCAUCGACAGCACCUGUUUCGGCCUGACCAACAGCCACUUCUACGAUAUCCAUCGACGCAUGCAUGGUCCGGUGCCUCUCACGUCUCGGCGCAACGGUCCCAACGACUUGGAAUGGGCAUGGAGGUUCGCCGGUCCCCUCAUUUACAGCGACUCCGCCGCACCUCCUCCGGAGGCUUUCAAGGAGCACGCUCACGAUCUCGAGCGCAUGCGCGUCAAAGGUCAGGUGUACUGCCGCAAGUGUGGAAUCUCCCGCUGCGAGCUGCAUCGUCAUCUCAAAGAAUGGAUGGGACCCAACCUGGAGUACUGCACCGUUACUCAAAAGUACGGCCCUCUGCCUUCUGCAGAAGCUGCAGACACUUGCUACAUCAAGUCUCCCAAGAACCCCCACCGCUGUGGUCGGCAUGCCGCGAAGCCCGUCAAAUCGCACAACUGAGAGGCGUAUCUGAACUAGCUUGCGAAUUUUUUGUUUCUUAAGCAUCGCGAUUGGAAUUUGGCAUGAUCAAGCACGCUACGGCACCUACGGGUCCGCUUAGUUAUGUGACAUGGAGUUGAGACAGCAAAACAAAGGAAAGCAUCGGGCGAGAGGGUUAUCUGUAUCAUUAGACGAGAAAGGCGUUGGGUUUGGUCACACGAUGUCUGGAAGAGGAGGAAGGGAGGCAAGACACAUUGCGGCAUCUAGCUUUAGAUUACCAUCUACGAAGCAUGGAUAGAUGAGAAAGACAGCAUAGCGCGAGGGGGGCAUGGUUCCACAUGAUUAUCGACUACAGCUGCGCGCACAAGACUACAGCUAGAAAAGACGAGAUAAAAGAAAUACGACUAUACCAUGAGCACGUCCAUAUUCAUGCUCACCCACUACUUUCAAGCGAC